UGACCUCCGGUCCUCUUCAAGUUGUCCUCCCGGUAAACUCGCUCUCCCUCCCCGGCCUCCGGCGCGUGUUUCCCGGGUGUCGUUGGACUCUCUCCGCGUCAGGAAUGCACUUUGCAGGAAGCGGCUCGCGGGUCCGGACACCUCCUCCUCCUCCUCCUGCUCCUCCUGCUCCUCCUCCUGCUCCUGCUUCCUCCUUCACUUCUCUCUACUCCGGGACUUGCAGAUGACUGAAGGACAUGCGCUGGUGACGGAGGGAGGCUCGUUUCCCGCAGUCCGGUCCCCGCGCCCUCGGUCCUCCGGGCCGCAGCCGGGCUGAGGACAGCGGAGAGCCGGGGAGGAGCGCUCCGCGGCGCCGGCAUGGAGCACCGGGGGGGCCGAGGAGGAGCCGCGGGCGGCUGGCUGCUGAAGGCCCGGCUGCAGGGAGGCGCGCCGUGGGGCUUCACCCUGCAGGGCGGCCGGGAGCACCGGGAGCCGCUCCUCAUCUCCAAGGUGGAGGAGGGCGGGAAGUCGGACCGCUUGGAGCAGCCUCUGCUGGCGGGGGACGAGGUCAUCGUGGUCAACGACGUGGACCUGACGGGCUCCAGACAGGAAGCCAUCGCGCUGGUCAAAGGGUCGCACAAGACACUGCAGCUCACCGUCCACAGGCGCAGUGAGCCGUCCUCCCGUCCUCACUCGUGGCAUUCAACCAAGCUGGGUGACGGUCAGCAGCCGGAGGCGAUGGACACCAUGAGCAGCCGCUGUUACCACGACUACCACGCCAGUGCCUCCACCACCGACCUGUCCGGAGGCUUUGACUCUGGCGGCCGCUUCCUGAGGAAGAGUCCGGACCAGUACAGCUCCAGGGGCAGCAUGGAGAGCCUGGACCCCCCCCAGUCCUCCCAGCUCCACCCACUGGGCCACCACACCCACAGCUCCUCCUGCCACCAGCUGUCCUCCGCCAGGUCCUCCAACAGCAUCGACCACCUCCACAGCAAACGAGACUCCGCCUACUCCUCGUUCUCCACCAGCUCCAGUAUCCCGGAGUACCUCGCCUCCAACCCGUCCUUCAGCCCGGAGCGCUCCUCCUCGCUGGAGGCCGUCCCUCAGAGAGAAGGGGAAGAGGUGCAGACGGUUUACGACACCCAACAGGGUCAAGAGCACGAGCUGAGCUCCGCCUCCAGGCAGGGCCGGGACCCGCAAGGUUCAGUAGGAGGGGUCUGUUACCGUGGCGGUGGCGGUGGUAGUGGCAGCAGUGGCAGCGGUGCCACACCGGCAUCAAACCGGUCCUACGAGAGCCUGAAGGCGGUGCCAGCUCCACCGCGGCGCAGCGACAGCUACGCAGCCAUCAGGAACCACGACAGACCCAACUCCUGGUCCAGCCUGGAGCACGGCCGCUCACUGCGGUCUCUGCAGAAAGGUUCCUGGCAUCACUCCAGUGGCCCCGUGGCCUCAAGUGCAGCUAAAGGCUCGUUCGGCGCUGAGGGCCAGCUCCACACCGUGGUGGAGAAGAGUCCAGAGAGCAGCCCCACCACCAGGCCCCGGCAGGGCGGAGGCCCCCCCCUGGCCCCGGCCCCUACCGGCCCCAUCCCUCAGCCUGGCCGGCUCGUGGGCCCCGCCCCCCAGCUUGAGCCCCACGACGCACCGAUGCCCAGCGCCAGCCCCGGGCCGGGCUCCUUGGGGGGGGACCGGGCCCUGGCCGAGGAGGGCGGCCGCCAGCAGCCGGGCGCCGGAGGGAGGGAGGGAGGAGCACCGGAGAGGCGGAGGGAUAGAAGGAUGUCGGCUCCAGAAAACGGAUCCCAAAACAAUCUCUCCUCUUCACUCUACCAGUACUCCUCUUCCUCAGCACAGCUCAGGCCUCAAGCACACGAAGCACACAGAACGCACCAGGAAGAGUUUGGACUCUCAACUCAACACGUGAAAACUGACGGGGAGGAAUCAGAGGACCAGACCGGAUCCCGGAGGCCUCCAAACCACCAGGGACCUCACAGUCAGAGCCUCCAAGGGUCCCACGCUCACACCGGCCACGUGCUCCAGGAACAGAACCAGGACGCCUCCUCCCAGAGGAGAGAGCCCGGCACAGCGGUCCGGUCCAGAGGAGACGGGAGCAGGUCAACGGACCAGGCCAGCGUUCAUGCAGAGCCGAUGGCGUCCUCCAGGCUGGCCCAGGGACAAGCUCCUCCCACCCAGGGACCCGCUCAGCCUCAUCCCCGUCACCUCAGUGACUCGGCGGCUCUGCAGCACCGGGACCACCGGGAGCCGCCACUGACCCGUCUGGAGAUCGCCAGCCCCCACAGCGACGGCAGCCAGGAACCGGUCCGCAGCCUCUCGGUCCUGGAAAAGGUCGGUUGCUUCGAGCGUCGGGAGCGAAGCGGCAAGCAGCGCAGCCACAGCGCCGCCUCGGACCCGGCCGGCCACGCCCGGGAGGCGGAGGCCGGCCGGAGCUCCCCGUGUGGAGCCCAGGACCUCAGGAUCAUGCUGGAGAGAAGCAACAGCCGGACCAAGGCCCACCGGACCACGAGCCACCGGGGGGGCAGCAGCCAGCUCAUGACACACAGGGCCCCGGGAGAUCCCAGUUCAGCUCUCCAGAGGAGCCGGAGCACCUUCCACUUGGACGAGUCCAGGGAGGACGAAUUCAGGAAAGACUUUCCUCGGACACAGGACAUCCAGGAGAGGUUGGGCUCCAUGCGGGACUCGUCCCUCAACAGAUCUUACAGGGACUCUGUGAAAGACGCCCAGUCCAAGGUCCUGCGGUCCACCUCCUUCAGAAGGAGAGACCUCGGCUCCUCCAUCAGCCCUUCUGCUCCGGCACCUCCUUCUCGCUUGACCUCCUCCAGCGACCUCCAGACUCCAGCUGGCUCCGCCCUGUACCGGUCCCUGGAGAAGAGAGGCCCAAAGACCAUGCCCAAGCCACAGGGCGUGGUCAUCACGCCGCCGGUCUCCCUUCACACCCCGAAGGAGCGCCACAUGGUCAGCCCGGAGGCCCGGGGCCCGAGUCCCCCGGCCCUCCCCAGGGUCCCGCCGGUCGGACCCCCUCUGACGCGUAUCUGUGGCCGCAGGCGUCUGACGGUGGACCAGAAGAAGAGAUCCUUCUCGGAGCCGGAGAACAUGAACGAGGUCGGAGUUACCGAUGCAGAGACCGCUGCCCUCUUCAGGCGUGGAGGAGAGACCAGCGUGGCGGACCGGAGGAAGAUGUUCGAGCUCGUGGCGAGCCGCUUCGGGGGCGGAGCUCUGCAGAACGCCACGUCACGGCCCGACUUGAGGCAGCUGCAGCACGACGCGCUGGCCGAGUACAUGGAGAGGAAGAGGAGCGUGAGGAGGGACGGGGGAGGAAGGAGGAGGGGACCAAGGCCCCGGAGCGCCUACCUACAGCAGGAAGACGACAACUUUACAGACCCCCUCAGCCUCUCCUCCAGCCUGCUCUCCCUCCAGGACUCAGAUGGUCUCUCCUCCUCUGUGGGGAGGCGUCUCCUCUCCCCCCUCCCUCCUCCUGGAGGAGACCAGAGGAGCCUCCAGUCCCUGGUCCUCCUGGACAGGAGGUCCCUUCAGAGGGCUCCGGACCACCAGCCUCCUGGGGCUCCGCCUCCUGAGCCCGAGGCCCGGACAGUGCAGCAGAUCCACUGUGAAGCGGGGCUCAGCAGAGACCUGGUCCUGGACCCCCUACAGCCGGCCUCGGGGCCUCCGGUCCACCUGGCCCCGUGUCUGCAGCUCAACGGGGCGGCUCGGGGCUCCGGGAGGUCGCCGUCCAGCCAGGAUCUCCUGGGGGGAACCGAGGAGACCCAGACGAGUCGUCCACAGCAGCGCUCACACUCCUCCCCCUGCGAGGAGAGCCAGGACGUCCCUCCAGGUGGCGUUGAGAUGUUUGGGGUCUUCGUCUCUGAAGCUGGACGUCGCUCUCUGGUGGCCGAGGACAGUCUGGAGCCGUUCCAGCCUGCAGGACCUUCAGACUUAGGCCUCGUCGACACACCUGUGACCCGCAGGGAGCGGCCGAGGACCAGCGAGCGCCAGCGGGCCCUCAGCACGUCCAUGCUGGCGGCCUCCGUGGGCCUGCCCUGCCCCCUCUCGCCCCCUGGAGGCAGCACUGGGUGGCACGCUGCCGAGAGGCUGAGCCAGGCCAACCUAGACGCCAUCACCUUCCCCGGCACCCCGCGACCCGGCACAGGUGACGGCGUGGGCGGUAACACCGAAACUCUGGUGACGGACCGACCAACGAGACGCAGUGUGAGCGAGCCCAUCUCCCCAGAAGACCUCGCCAAGCACCCGUCCAGAGAGAGAGCCUCUAGUUUAGAGAUCACAACGCGGUAUUCUGCGGAAGACGUGUUGAAACUAGUUUUGCCAGAGACGCCAGCACAAUGGCAGCGUGCAUCCCCACCGGGCCGGGAGGCCGGCAGGAGCACGGCGGCGUCUCCUCCCCCUUCAUCCCAUCCGUCCAUCCCUCAGCACCGGUCGUCUCUGAGGAUCUCUGAGUCGAGUUUCUUGGUCUCCGUUGACCAGCCACUCGACUCCUGCGUAGGCCUGUCGCUGGAGGACUAUGAUGAAGUCUUCCUCCAAAGCCCUCUGCCAAUCCAAGAGACAAGCAUCUUGGAGGACUUCCCUCCUCCCCCUUCUCCUCCUGCUUCUCCUCCUCUUCCUUCUCCUCCUCCUCGCGAGUCGGAGCAGGAAGUUGCUGUUGGAAGUCCGAGCACGGAGGUCUCAACCCCCUCCAACAAGAGGUCAACCCUCCACUCCCCUCCAAGGUCUCGUUCCGAUGUCCAUCCUUCGCCUGUGCCCGUUCUCCUUCCUUCCAUGAAGUCACAGCUCUCCACCAUAGCCUCCAUCACCAUCCCUACCACAACCAUAGCCUCCAUCACCAUCCCUACCACAACCAUAGCCUCCAUCACCAUCCCUACUACAACCAUAGCCUCCAUCACCAUCCCUACCACAACCAUAGCCUCCAUCACCAUCCCUACCACAACCAUAGCCUCCAUCACCAUCCCUACCACAACCAUAGCCUCCAUCACCAUCCCUACCACAACCAUAGCCUCCAUCACCAUCCCUACUACAACCAUAGCCUCCAUCACCAUCCCUACCACAACCAUAGCCUCCAUCACCAUCCCUACUACAACCAUAGCCUCCAUCACCAUCCCUACCACAACCAAGGACACCCUAGGUCUUGAGUACCAGCCCCUACCCAAGAGGGAAAAGACACCUGAAGAGUUACGAGUGGAGGCGCUGGCCCGGCAGCUGGUGUUGCAGGACAGCUCUCUGCUCCCCCUCCUGGAAACCUGGGGCAGUAAAUCCACUGUGGAGCUGAUGGAGGAGAUCUUUCCAAACAGCAGACUGGUUGGGCAAUCACCAAGGCAAUGCAGGGGCAGUAGGCCAUUUGAGUACAGGAUCCAAGAUGGCGUCGGGGAUCCUGACCAGAGUCCAGCGACGGAUCUGGAUGAGGAAGAGAAAGACCUCCGCACCAGGAAGGUGGAGCUGUGCGAGGCUCUGCGGCGCAGCGUGGCGGCUCUGCGGCGCGAGAAGGAGGCGCUGAGCGAGGAGCAGCGAGGUCACCAGGAGCUGGCGGCCGGCGUCCAGAGCCUCGUGCAGGAGCGCCUGAAGGCCAGCGAGAGGGACAAGUACGCCGGCUCCAUCGGAGACCUGGAGCGGAUCGUGAACCUGCUGCUGUCGCUCUGCAGCCGGCGGUCGAGGAUCCACAGAUCUCUGCUGGCUCUGGAGAGAGAGGAGCCCACGAUGGAGGACCCGGCAGGAGAGAGGGAGUCCCUCCUUCACAAGCGCUCUCUCCUUCUCGGACAAACCGAAGACGCCCGGGAGCUGAAGGAGACCCUGGUCCGCCGGCAGCUGGCGGUCCACGGCAUCCUGUCCGGCUACCUCGCCGAGCCUCAGCUCCAGGACUACCGGCGCCUCGUCGCCGCCACGCCGGCGCUGCUGAUCCGCCAGCGGCGAGUCGACGACCUCAUCCGUCAGGGGGAGGAGCAACUGGCCGGUCUGGCCGAGAGUCUGGCGCACGAGCCGGCGGAGGCCCGCGGUCGGUGGAGGGCGUGUCCGUACUCCUCGGGCCCCGCCCACUGCCCGCCCUCUUUGAUUCCAGGCCCCGCUGUGACGUCGCUGUGAGUGGCAGCGGAGACGAGACGAUUGGCUCCCAGGGCGGCGCUCUGAAGGAGCUGCAGACUCCUCCCCCUGCGCCUCAUGAUUCACUCAACACCACGCCACCGACCUGAAAGGGGACUUCAGCAAAAGGACAAUUCAUUUCUCUAGUUUUCCACCUUUUGUCAUGUUUGAAAUACAACUUUCUAAACUAC